CCCAAAUCCACGCUGCUGCAGGAACACCGACUGGGGUUGCUGCUAGGGUAGCGUGUAGGGGGCCGGUAGUGGCUCCGGCGCCUUCUGCAGGCAGUCCAUCAGGCCCAUCACAAGGUCGGGGCGAUGGUUGCACUGAAAGCAGCCUUGGAGGCAUGGAAGUAACUCCUGCAGCAGCCGCAACAACAACCGCCCCUAGUGCAGCCUCCGCAACAGCUGCAGCUGAAGCAGCAUGUUCGGCUGACGGGCCGGGCACGACGACGACAGGAGGGACGUCGGGCAAGAAGCCGGAAGGCGAUGCGGCUGCUGCAAAGGUGAUGAUGCGCGGGCUGUGGCAGCAGAUUAUGGUGGCUCGGCAAGGCUUGGCGCUAGAGGAGGCAGAUGGGGUGAUGUUGAGGUUGCAGGUUCCGGAAGCUGCGGAGGCGCGGGCGCGUGCGGCGUUCCUAGCAGCCUCAGCGCGGAACUGAGAGAGGGCCAUGUGGGGUAGAGGGAGGGAGAGGGGAAAGGUGUGACUAAGCGGGACUGCCGGUCUGCAUAGAUGGCGUUGUGAAGACGGAUCUGGGUGUGUGGUUUCAGGACAGAACAGCUAUGUAGGCUAGCCAGGGCUUUCAACGAAUGCAAUCCGGGUUGUUAGAGUUUUACAGUUUGAGUAUGGUAUCACUGGUGGCGUGCUUCUUGUUGCAGUGCAAUGUUAUGGUACUGCGGUAUCUGCUAUGCAGGAUGUGGUGUGUUAUGUGUAGCGUUGUGUGUGCAUAUUCAUGCCGGCUUAACAUUAGAGGACAGACAGACAGGCAGGAAGGCGAGACGACGGUACGUUGUGGACUUGUUUUGCUCCGCGGCGUCGUUCGCACUGUAUAUAGUGUCCCCGGCGUUGAGUCUCUCUUGUGGAGGAGAUCUUCGCCUCCACAAGACAGAGCCUACUACCAGGUUAGCCGGUAGCCAGAGAUUUGUAGGCUGUUAGCUCAGAACGCGUUUGGCAGGGACGCUUGGCGUGCCGGUAACAGCAGGCGCGGGAGGAGAGGCAAUGAGGCAUACUCGUCCUGACUUGGGGCGGCCCGUGUAGUGGGUAGGUGUACGGAAAAGGCGUAUCCUCUAUAGUGCUUGACGUGUGAGAGCGUGAAGCUAUGGACCUUUCGGACUGGCGGGCGUGCCUAACCACCCCAACGUUGCACCUAACGUUGAAGGUUCCCUGGCAUCCCAGCUAGAAGCCACUCCACACAUCGCCCUCGCUACUAAAGACCCUGCGGCGAUGCAAUUCGUACUAACCAGUAACCACCCAUAACCAC